AUGAUGCUACAAAUAAGUUGCCAACUGGUUGUGUUCCUGCUCUGCACCAUUCUGCUGACACUUUCAUCCACUGACGCCGGUCCAACGUACGAAUGUGAGCUGCAGAAGCGCGACGAUGAGAAUGUGUGCGUGUUCCGCAAUGUGAUGUACGCCACCAAUAUAACAGGCGUUACGUUUAAGGCGCCGGCCGGCAAGAUACAGCAUGUCGCCUUCGAGGACAGCUCACUCGAACAUUUACCGAAAGAACUGCUGAGCGCAUUUCCCGAUCUACGGUCGCUUAGUGUACCGAACACUAAUCUCAGCUCGGUCAUCAUUCCCGCCAAGCUGGAGCGUCUGUACGCGUCGGAUAAUCAAAUCUCGCGCGUUAUCGUGCACCAGACGCGCGAUAGUACGACCAUGCAGGAGCUAAUGCUCGACUCCAACAACCUGCAGGAUGUGUCCAAUCUGACGCGCUUGGCAAAGCUGGAAAUCCUUAAUCUGAGCGGCAACAAGGACCUCGCGAUUGAGGGUACGAUCGAGCUGGGACGGUUCAAGGGUAUGAACGGGUUGCGUCACCUGUUACUUUCCGACGUGGGUGCCUAUUAUUUCGAGAAUGAAAACGAUGUGUCACUGCCGGAGUUGGAACUGCUUGACCUCUCCAACAAUAGGCUGCUAACGUCGAGCUUACUCGUGAAAGUGUUCGCACCGCUGAAAUCGCUACAGAUCCUGCGACUCGGCCACAACCAGUUACAGGAUCUAGAUGUGAAGCAGCUGACGGAUGGCAAUCCGCAGUUGAAACAGAUCUACCUCGAGGGCAGCCAUUUCAAGUGCGGUCAUCAACGGUUGAUUGUAAACCACUUGCAUACGGCCGGUGUGGAGACGCCCGUCACCAACAGGCAGGGUCGUUGUGUGUUGGGUUUUGAGAAGCAGGAUGAUAUGUGCUGCGUUGCCGAAAUGACCUUCGGUUCUGGUACGCCUGGGACGCAAACACCAAAAGUACUACCGAGACCAUCGGACGAGGAAGGUAACCGAAUUACGGAUAGAACGUCCAUUAGCACCAGCACGGAUACGGUGGUCAUGGUGCAUAACAAGGAACGGACGACAAGUACUGUGACUCCUCCUGCAACCGUACCUAAAUCGAACGAUGGCAAGAACGGGGCAACGAUGGUCACGUUGGGUAACACUGGCUGGUUCGGUGUUUUGUUAGUAACGGCCAUUGUGAAACUAAUUCUAUUCUAA